CCUGGCCCCUCCUCUCCUCACCCCAGGGGAAAGGACAGAGGCGGCAUCACUGGGCACAGCAGAAGGGGCCAAGUGUUCCACACACACACCAGCCAGGCUCCCGCAGGGGAUCGGAGAUGCCAGGAUGAAAGAAAGCAUGGAAAUCAAGGCGACAAAUGGACAUGAAGAGCCAGUGAGAGAGCUGUGAGGGGGGGACCCGGGGGUCAGAGGGAUGGAAGCUGGGCCGACGAGGUCUCCCGCAACAUCAGGGGAGCAGGACCCCGGACCACAGCAGGGACCCGCCCCUGAACAAGGACCUAAGCCGCAGCAGGGACCUGCCUCCGCACAGGACCCUGAAUCUCAGCAGGAAACCUCACUGGAGCAGGAACCUGCCACUGAGAAUGAACCCGUAGACGAGCAGAGCUCAGCAUCUGAGCAGACACCAAUAGCACAGGUGGAAUCUGCCACUGAGCAGACCCCCACAGCACAUCUGGAACCCCAUGCUCCUGAGCAGAUCCCCAUGACCCAGCUGGGAUUCCAUGCUCCAGAGCAGAUCUCCAUGAUCCAGCUGGGACUCCAUGUUCCUGAGCAGAUCCUUGUGACCCAGCUGGGACUCCAUGCUCCUGAGCAGAUCCCUGUAGCACAGCUAGAACCCCAUGCUCCUGAGCAAAUCCCCACAGCACAGCUGGAACCCCAUGCUCCUGAGCAGAUCCCUGUAGCACAACCCCAUGCUCCUGAGCAGAUCCCCACAGGACAGCUGGGACCACACGCUCCUGAGCAGACUCCUGAACAGAUCCCUGUAGCAGAGCUGGGACCCCAUGCUCCUGAGCAGACCCCUAUAGAACAGCUGGGACCCCAUGCUCCUGAGCAGACUCCUGAAGAGAUCCCUGUAGCACAGCAGGAACCACAUGCUCCUGAGGAGACCCCUGCAGCACAACUGGAACCCUCUGCUCCUGAGCAGACCCCUGCAGCACAACUGGAACCCUCUGCUCCUGAGCAGACCCCUGCAGCACAGCUGGAACCCCCUGUUCCUGAGGAGACCCCUGUAGCACAGCUAGAACCCCCUGUUCCUGAGGAGACCCCUGUAGCACAGCUAGAACCCCCUGCUCCUGAAGAGACCCCUGUAACACAGCUAGAACCCCCUGCUCCUGAGCAGACCCCUGUAGCACAGCUGGAACCACACGCUCCUGAGCAGACCCCUGUGACACAGCCGGGCUCACAAGCUCCUGAGCAGCCCCCUUUAUCAAAGCUGGGACCAUGUGCUUCUGAGCAGCCCCCUUUAUCAAAGCUGGGACAACAUGCCCCCGAGGAGACUACUCCAGCACUGCCGGGACCACAUGUUCCUGAGCAGCCCCCUUUAUCAAAGCUGGGACAACGCGCCCCUGAGCAGCCCCCCCUCGCUCCGCUGGGACCUGCCUCGGAACAAAAGCCCACGUUCCAGCCGGGAUCUCCCUCCCUGCCAGAAUCUGCCUUGGAGAGAGGCACCUGCCUCACGCCACCCCACAUUCACACCUUCCAACACAGGUCCAUGAUGCACCUGGAACUUAAGUGCCUGCAGGACUCGGCCUCCGAGCCGGGAUUUCAUCAGGGCUCCAUCUCUGAGAAAGGACCCACGUCCCAGCUCAGAGCCACGGCUGAAGAAGUAACCAUAGCCCAGCCCGAAGCCGCCUUCAAGAGCGAGCCUCCGGCACCGCCGAGACCCGACUUGAAGCCCACCGGGCACCCGGCCCUUAAGCCGAAGCAGGACGCGACCUCGGAGCAAGGGCCUGCGAUCCCAGCGCAGGUCUAUCCCUUGUGGCAGAGAUCCGCCUCCCAGGAGGAAGCCCCGCAGCAGCAGCAGCCCGCCUGGGCCCAGCAAGAAGCCGGCUCGGAGAAGGGCGCCCUGUCCCAGCCCCCCCCGGGGCAGCCCCCGGCAGCAGAGAGGGAAAGCGAAGGCCUGGGGAGCAGGGCCAAGGAGGAGUUCCCUUCGGGCCACCACUAUCUCCCCCACAAGGUGAUGUCGGCCGCAGAGGGCAUCCUGGGCCAUGACGGGAAGCUGCACAUCCAUCAGAGUGUUCACAGGGAUGGGGCCUCCCGCCUGACCCAUGGCAUGGACCUGAGAGCCAUGACACAGUCGCUGGUGGUGCUCGCGGAGGACAACGCCACCUACUUUGCCAGCCAGGGCCCCGGGGAGACGGCUCGCCGCCUUGCGGUUGCCUUCACCGGGAUCCGGGAGCAGGCCAUGGGGCUGGAGCCGGCGCUGGGCCAGCUGCUGGGCGUAGCCCACCUCUUUGACCUGGACCCCGAGACGCCGGCCAAUGGCUACCGCAGCCUGGUGCACACGGCGCGCUGCUGCCUCGCCCACCUGCUCCACAAGGCCCGCUACGUGGCCGGCAGCCGCAAGAGCAUCUUCUUCCGUGCCAGCCACAACCUGGCCGAGCUGGAGGCCUACCUGGCGGCCCUGACGCAGCUGCGUGCCCUGGCCUACUACGCCCAGCGCCUGCUGGCCGCCAACCGGCCCGGCGGCCUCUUCUUCGAGGGCGACGGGGGGCUCAGCGCCGACUUCCUCAGAGAGUAUGGCACGCUGCACAAGGGCUGCUUCUACGGCCGGUGCUUGGGCUUCCAGUUCACUCCGGCCAUCCGGCCUUUCCUGCAGACCAUCUCCAUCGGGCUGGUCUCCUUUGGGGAACACUACAAACGCAACGAGUCAGGGAUCGGUGUGGCCGCCAGCUCCCUCUUCACCGGGGGCCGCUUUGCCAUCGACCCGGAGCUGCGGGGGGCGGAGUUUGAGCGGAUCACACAGAAUCUGGACGUGCACUUCUGGAAGGCCUUCUGGAACGUGACAGAAAUCGAGGUCCUGUCGUCUCUGGCCAACAUGGUGUCGGCCACGGUGCGGGUGUGCCGGGCCCUCAGCUUGCCCCCGCACCCCUUCGAGAUACCCUUGGCCAGCAACCCCCAGCUCAACGUCACCAUCUCACCCCCGGUGGCCCACACGGGCCCGGGUCCGGUGCUGGUGCGGCUCAUCUCUUACGAUCUCCGCGAGGGCCAGGACAGCGAGGAACUGAACAUCCUGGCUCGGGCCGAGGGCCCCCGGAACCUGGAGCUGCGGCCCCGCACCCACCACGCGCCGCGCUCCAAGUCCCUGGUCAUUCACAUUCACGGCGGUGGCUUCGUGGCACAGACCUCCAAGUCCCAUGAGCCCUACCUCAAGAGCUGGGCCCAGGAGCUGGGGGUCCCCAUCCUCUCCAUCGACUACUCCCUGGCCCCCGAAGCCCCCUUCCCCCGGGCCCUGGAGGAGUGCUUCUACGCCUACUGCUGGGCUCUCAAAAACUGUCGCCUCCUGGGCUCGACAGGGGAGCGGGUGUGCCUGGCUGGGGACAGCGCCGGCGGCAACCUCUGCUUCACUGUAUCCCUGCGGGCAGCGGCCUACGGUGUGAGGCUGCCUGACGGCAUCAUGGCUGCCUACCCAGCCACCAUGCUGCAGGCCUCGGCCUCGCCUUCGCGCCUCAUGAGUCUCAUGGACCCCCUGCUGCCGCUCAGCGUCCUCUCCAAGUGCCUCAGUGCUUACGCCGGCGUAGAGCCCGAGGCCCAGGAAGACCAAGAGCAGCAGGCCCUGGGCGUGAUGGGGCUGGUGAAGAGGGACACGGCCUUGCUGCUCCGCGACCUGCGCCUGGGGGCCUCUUCCUGGCUCAACACCUUCCUGGAGCUCGGGGGCCGGCGGGGCAUCGACGGCCCCCCGUCAGUGACAGAGACCAUGCGCCGGGCGGCCCGCCCUGGGGACCCACUCUCCAAGGAAUCCCAAAAAACGCCCUCCGGGACCCUAGGGGGGGUUCCCACCCCCUUUCCUCCUAGGCACACCCCUAACUCCCCCCGGGAUGGUUUUUCCCCCUCCCCCCGGACAAGAAACCGGAAGGAACUAGAAGGCCGGGGAAAGCGGGACCCGAGGUGGAGACGGGGCAGAAAUAGUCCCAGCUCCGGGAGGCGCAGCCCCACUGUGCGCCUCCCCACCGUGUGCCGCCCCACUGUGCACUGUGCACCCACCCUGCCGCAGAGGCUCACGAUGACACACACAGACCCCACACCCAAGGCCCAGCACGGCCUUGGGGCACACCCGGAUGUCUCCCAUUCCCUGUCCUGGGUGGAGCCAGGAAGCGGCAGCCGGUUUGGGAAGGGGCUACUGAGCCACCCUGCCUGUCCCCAGCCUGUCUGCUUGGCUCGACCGGUUUUCCGGGGAGAGCCAUCCUGA